AUGAGAGCCACCAAAGUUGUGUUGCUUAUGGUUUGGUUGUUUCCAACUAUGUUUUGCACCAAUGUGGAGUAUGAUCAUAGAGCAUUGGUUAUAGAUGGCAAGCGCAGGGUCUUGAUCUCUGGUUCUAUUCAUUACCCUCGUAGUACUCCACAGAUGUGGCCGGGCCUUAUUCAGAAAUCCAAAGAUGGAGGACUUGAUGUGAUUGAAACCUAUGUUUUUUGGAACUUACAUGAACCUGUUCAAGGCCAGUAUGAUUUUGAUGGUAGGAGGGAUUUGGUGAAAUUUAUAAAGACAGUGGCUGAAGCUGGUCUAUACGUGCAUCUCCGGAUCGGUCCAUACGCUUGUGCUGAAUGGAACUAUGGUGGUUUCCCUCUUUGGCUUCACUUCAUUCCAGGGAUUAAGUUCCGAACCGACAAUGAGCCAUUCAAGACAGAAAUGCAGCGAUUCACCGCUAAGAUUGUGGAUAUCAUGAAGCAAGAAAAACUAUAUGCAUCACAGGGAGGACCUAUAAUUUUAUCUCAGAUUGAAAAUGAGUAUGGAAAUAUUGAUUCAGCCUAUGGUUCUGCUGGUAAAUCCUACAUCAAGUGGGCAGCAAAUAUGGCUACAUCUCUUGAUACAGGCGUUCCUUGGGUCAUGUGUCAGCAAGGAGAUGCUCCUGAUCCAAUCAUUAAUACAUGCAAUGGAUUUUACUGUGAUCAAUUCACACCAAACUCUAAUACAAAGCCGAAAAUGUGGACUGAAAAUUGGAGUGGAUGGUUUCUUUCAUUUGGUGGCGCUGUUCCUUACAGGCCUGUGGAAGAUCUUGCAUUUGCCGUGGCACGCUUUUUCCAACGAGGUGGAACAUUUCAAAAUUAUUACAUGUACCAUGGAGGGACCAACUUUGGCCGAACUUCCGGCGGACCUUUCAUUGCUACAAGUUAUGACUAUGAUGCACCAAUCGAUGAGUAUGGCAUUAUUAGGCAGCCAAAGUGGGGCCACCUUAAAGAUGUGCACAAGGCCAUAAAGCUUUGUGAAGAAGCAUUGAUAGCUACUGACCCCAAGAUUUCAUCUCUUGGUCCUAACAUAGAGGCGGCAGUUUAUAAGACAGGAUCUGUAUGUGCUGCCUUCCUCGCCAACGUAGACACUAAAUCUGAUAAAACUGUAAAUUUUAGUGGCAAUUCAUAUCACUUGCCUGCAUGGUCUGUGAGCAUCUUACCUGAUUGCAAGAAUGUAGUGCUUAACACUGCAAAGAUUAAUUCUGCAUCUGCAAUUUCAAGCUUCGUAACCGAAUCUUCGAAAGAAGAUAUUGGCUCUUUAGAAACUUCUAGCUCAAAAUGGAGUUGGAUAAGUGAACCUGUUGGUAUUUCGAAGGAUGAUUCAUUGUCAAAAACUGGAUUACUCGAGCAAAUAAAUACCACGGCUGAUAAAAGUGACUACUUGUGGUACUCUUUAAGUAUUGGUCUUGAGGACGACCCUGGUUCUCAAACUGUCCUUCAUAUUGAAUCACUUGGCCAUGCCCUUCAUGCUUUCAUAAACGGAAAGCUUGCUGGGAGUCAAGCAGGAAACAGUGGUAAAGCAAAGCUUAAUGUCGACAUCCCAAUCACACUAGUUGCUGGAGAGAACAAAAUUGAUUUGCUGAGUUUAACAGUCGGACUUCAGAAUUAUGGAGCUUUUUUUGAUACGUGGGGAGCGGGGAUCACCGGUCCCGUGAUAUUGAAAGGAUUGAAGAAUGGCAACAGCACUCUUGAUCUCUCCUCUCUGAAGUGGAGAUAUCAGAUUGGCCUAAAAGGUGAAGAGUUAGGUCUGUCUAGUGGAAGUUCUGAACUGUGGAAUUCACAGUCUACCUUCCCUAAGGACCAACCAUUGACUUGGUACAAGACAAGCUUUGAUGCUCCAUCCGGAAGUAAUCCGGUUGCAAUUGACUUCACGGGAAUGGGAAAAGGCGAGGCUUGGGUAAACGGACAAAGCAUUGGACGAUACUGGCCUACACAUGUCUCUUCAAAUGCUGGUUGCACAGACUCGUGCAACUAUAGAGGACCUUAUACUUCAUCCAAAUGUCGCAAGAAUUGCGGAAAACCAUCGCAAACAUUAUACCAUGUACCACGCUCGUGGUUGAAACCAAACGGAAAUAUUCUUGUAUUGUUCGAGGAAAAAGGUGGUGAUCCAACACAGAUAUCUUUUGCUACAAAACAGCUACAAAGUUUGUGUGCACAUGUAUCUCAAUCUCACCCUCCUCAAAUAGACUUGUGGAACUCCGAUACAGAAUCAGGAAGAAAAAUCGAGCCUGCACUAUUGCUCGAGUGUCCUGAUAACAAUCACAUAAUCUCUUCCAUCAAAUUUGCAAGCUACGGAACACCACUAGGUACAUGCGGAAACUUCUACCACGGACGCUGCAGCAGCAAUAAGGCACUGUCAAUUGUACAGAAGGCUUGCAUUGGAUCAAGAAGUUGUAGUGUUGGAGUAUCGACCGAUACAUUUGGAGACCCUUGUAGAGGAUUGACAAAGAGUUUAGCUGUUGAAGCUACUUGUGCAUAG